AUGAUAUCCCUUCUCAACCAGCAUGUGAGCAAAGAAAGGGAGAAAGGGGUAAGAAUAAGGUUAGACUAUGAUGAGUCUAGGGCUGGCAAUAGAUACCUGUUAAACCAGCUAAGACACGAUUUGCCAGCCCUUGAUGAGUCUGAACCUUUGCUAUCACCGGGACCACCACCACCUCCUUCGAGCCGCUCACAACCUACAACAUCUCGCUUUGAAGCUGGAUCACAAGCAAACAUGCCACCAAGAGUGAGAGGACGUGGAGGACGAGGAAAAACACCGAUUGUGACUAGGAACGAUCACGAAGCUGGGCCAUCUUACUGGCGCACACCCUCCCCAUCACUUGGAUCAAGUCCUCAUGAAGACUGGAGGCCAUACCUUGAGCCUGCGAGACGCUCUGUCUCGCUUAGCUCCUCACCAUCUUACCAUCAUUCCUUUGGGCCGCAGCAGGAGCACGAGCCCAACAACUCUCACUAUUCUUACAUUCCUCUGCAGCGAUCGGGUUCACACAAUUCCUUCCAGAACCUAACACCCUACUUUCAGAGCCGGUUCAACCCGAUGAACCAGAUUGAAGAACCAGAGGGCCAAAACCCUUUGGGACCAGCUGACCAUUUUUCCGAGUACCAAAACAUGGAUGUGGACGAUGAUCCAGAUCCUGAGAUGCCGCCAUCUGGGACGCCGAUGCAUCCCAUCGAGAUUUCUAGCGGAUCAUCCUUUCAUGGUUCGCCUUACAGGGGCCCUGAUAUCUGGGCCAAACGAUGGAGCACGUACAAGUGGGAGUAUACUCUCCCUCACCGCAACUCACCACCACACCAACAGGUCCCUUCUGAGGACCCACAUUUUCAGGCGGUCACGCCACCGCCACCACCAGCGCCAGAGCAGCCACCGCCUCCAGAACCAUCUAGGCGGAGAAGUGCACGGAUGUCCAUGCGUGGGAGUUUUCACUUCAGCACCCCCCAACACUCCUCCAACUACCCGCCACUCUAUGAAGACCCGCAAAUGGGUGGGCCUUCAAACGCAGUUACUGAAGUCGACUCCGCACCAGUCGCACCAGCACCACCGCCCAUAGCUUACGAAAACCCAAUUCCAUCAUACCCAGGUGCAGCUGGGUAUAGCCCGUUUGAGCAGCAAGCUUACUGA